AUGGAAGAUCUUUUCCCGGAUGAAGACUUAGCGUGCAUGGAAGAAGAAGAAUGCAAAGACUGGUGGCAGUUGUAUUUUGAUGGCUCAGCCAAUCAAAGGGGAUACAGGGCCAGAAUAUUGCUGAUAAUCCUAGAAGAUCUUUACCUCCCUUCUGCUUUUCGAUUAGAAUUCCCAUGUACCAACAACAUUGCAGAGUACGAAGCAUGUGUGAUUGGCCUGGAGGCCGCCAUAGCAUUGGAAAUCAAGAAGUUAAAAGUUUAUGGGGAUUUGUCAAUCAUAAUCUGUCAAACUCAAGGGAAAUGGAAAAUGAAAGAUGAAAAGCUGAAACCCUAUCAGGAACACUUGGAACGGAUAAUCAAGAAUUUUGAAGAAAUCACAUUCAAAUAUUUGCCAAGAGUCAACAACAGAUUUGCAGACGCUUUAGCCACCCUCACCUUAAUGGUUGAAUGCAGCUCAGAUACCCGGAUCCGACCAUUGCUGGUAGACAAAAGAUGUGAACCGGCAUAUGAAGAAUCAGUGAAGGUCCUGAUAGCCGAUGGAAAAAUAUGGUUCGCACCCAUAAUUGACUUCAUCAGAGAAAGGAGGCAUCCUUAA